CACCUGCCAGUCCUGCACUCUAGUCUCUACCUUCCAUUCGUCUGCUCCGUCUUUCUCUUCUUGGAAGUGUAUAAAUCUUUGCUUCUGCAUCUGAUCAGAUCCAAGGUUUCCGUGAGCGGUUCUUGGACUCAUGGAGGUCAAGACGAAGGACGUAUGGGGCCUGCUGCUCGUGCUUCUCCUCGGCCAGCUCGUCGCCUUCUCCAUGGCUGCCUCAAGCUUCACCUCCUCCCUCAUUGCUAAUCUUGGAGUCGAUGCACCACUCACACAAUCUUUAUUCGCGUACCUGUUGCUGACCUUAGUUUAUGUACCAAUCGUCCUGCGUCGACGACAGAAGCUGCAAAUAUCUUGGUAUUGGUAUCUAGCCCUGGCUUUCAUUGAUGUCCAGGGGAAUUAUCUUGUUGUGAAGGCAUACCAGUACUCAUACAUUACCAGUGUAACUUUGCUGGAUUGUUGGACUGUUGUAUGGGUCAUCAUACUCACCUGGUACGCAUUGGGCACAAGAUAUUCUUUCUGGCAGUUUGUGGGGGCAGGGACAUGUGUGGCAGGGCUUGCCCUUGUCCUCCUUUCAGAUGCAAAGUCUCAAGAUGAGCAAGAUCCGAGUAAAAUACCACUUCUAGGGGAUACCCUUGUUAUUGCCGGGACAGUUUGUUUUGCAUUUAGCAAUGUUGGGGAGGAAUACUGUGUCAAAAAGAAAGACCGAGUUGAAGUUGUUGCAAUGCUUGGAUUAUUUGGGUUGCUAGUCAGUAUAACUCAGAUACUUAUAUUUGAAAGGAAGAGCCUAGAAGCAGUUACCUGGUCUCCAACAAUGAUAAGUCUGUUCGCAGGAUUUGCAGUGGCUUUAUUCAUGUUCUACACAAUCACUCCUUUUGUUCUUAAGAUGAGUGGAGCAACACUGUUCAACCUUUCACUCCUAACAUCUGACAUGUGGGCAGUCGCUAUUCGAGUUUUAUUCUAUAAACAACAGAUAAACUGGCUGUACUAUCUAGCAUUCACAGUUGUGGCCAUUGGAUUGAUAGUCUACUCGUUGAAUGAAAGUUCUUCGGACGAUGAAACAGCUGCAAGUACAAAAGCAGCAACGCAAUAUCAGCAACUUCAAGGUGAGGAUAAUUCAACAGGAAGUGGUUCUAAUUCGGGAAGCCAAGAAAGGACACAUAAGGAAGUUCACAUUUGUAGUGGGAUCAAUGUAUAAGGAAGCUGACAUUUGUAGGGCGGGGGGGGGGGGGUGUCAAUGUAUAAGGAAGUUCACAUUUGUAGGGGGGUCAAUGUAUAAGGAAGUUCACAUUUGUAGGGGGGUCAAUGUACAAAGACACCUCCUUGAUAAUAUAUAGAUUCGACACAAAUCAAAUAUGGCAACAGAGUUCUGCAGAAUUUAAUGUUGCCCAAUUCAUGUAUAUGCAAAACUGUUAUUAUCUCAAGCAAAAAAAGCAAUUUGGAUGCGGAA